AUGAUACUUCUCUUCCUGCUCUCGCUGUCCAUUCUUCGCGCAGUCAACUGUCAGUGCCAACGGCCUGACGACAAGUAUAUCGGAGAUUUGUGAGUCUGGGGAGUCAAACAGCAGCUCUUUCUACAAGCCACGCCUUCAGAUGCUUCUUUAUUUCGAAUCAGAAGGAAAGUUUCCGUGACGCCACCGAUUAUUGUCACGGAAUCUCUUCGAAUCUUGCAGUGAUUCACACGUCCCUUCAGAGCAACUUCCUCGCUUGUGAGUAGAUCUCUAGACUAUAAAUAUAUAUGUUUAUCAAACCCUUUCAGCGUUGGUGCGCAUUCAAACCGGAGCUUCAGUAGAAGUCUUCUGGAUCGGAUUGAGCCGUGCGUCGGUCGGAUCGAGGUACCAAUGGGACGAUGGAACUGCUAUGUACUGGUCAAACUUUGAUGCGAGUACGUUUACGAACGUCAAAUUAAGCGAAAUGAAGGUUUCAGACUUCCCACAGGAUGAUCUGUUCGUCGCUGAGAGCACUAUCAAUGGAAAGUGGCGGACUCUCGACGGACAAAAGUCGCUUUUCUUCGUUUGCAGUUAUGAUCCGAAGCAUGGCACUCGUGAGUGAGCGCAUUCUGGCUGUUUCAGAUAAGAAUUACAUUGCAGCCGGAACCGUAGGACCAAUAACUUAUCAGGCGGAAACCACAACAACUUCGUCCCAAUGUACGACCAUUCAACCGAAUGCGUUCAUUUCCCAUUUCUCUUUCAGCGACUGUCACUUACUCCUCGUCUUCUUCAUAUCCCACGAGUUCAUCGUCUUCUACAAGUUCUGGUCCCAUACCCACGGAUGUCGUAUCCACCGUUUCAUCGUCAUCGCCGGUACUAUCUACAUCGGAUUCGUCUACUGUUGACUACACAACUUCUUCUAUUGGAUCUACCGCGUCUCAGAGUACUUCUGGAGCCCCCAUUGCUACGAUCGGAACUACUCGUUCAACCACCUCGGGCACAAUGUCGGCCUGA